AUGACUCACAAAAACGGAAAUGAGUCGGACAAUGAUGAGGUCCAGAACCAGAUGAUGUCACAAGAAACAGUGUCAGCCGAAGAAAUAAAGAUACUGAGACAGCAAAUGACAGAGAUGUACGAAGCUUGGAUAAGUGGACAAGCUCCACCGCCUUCAAUCCGUGACUAUCUAAAUACAAAUAUGUCACCCCCUGUCCAAGUAUCGAUAAGUGAUCCAAUUUAUCCACCUGAAUUCGGUCCCGCAUUCAAUGUAGCUGGAACUUCUACGGUGCACCCUUUGAAUACGCCUAUGACAAGCUCUUACCCUCACACUCAUCAGUAUAGUUCCCCUGUUGAAGCUGAAAAAGUUGUUGAGAACGAGGAACAUGAAGAAAUGGCUAAAAAAAUGAAGAGUUUGGAACAGAGUGUGAGAGAUAUGCAAGGAUUGGGAGGUCACAAAAGUGUCUCGUUCAAUGAUUUGUGCAUGUUUCCCCAUGUUCAUCUGCCCAUCGAAUUUAAAACUCCAAAGUUCGAGAAAUAUGAUGGACAUGGAGAUCCUGUAGCUCAUUUAAAGAGAUAUUGUAAUCAAUUGAGAGGGGCUGGAAGCAAAGAAGAAUUGCUCAUGGUUUAUUCUGGGGAAACUUUGAUGGGAAUUGCGUCAGAAUGGUUCAUAGACCAAGAUACUUCUUACUGGCAUAUAUGGGAUGAUUUGGCUCGAUGUUUUGUUCAACAAUUUCAAUAUAAUAUUGACAUAGUUCCAGAUCACACUUCACUUGUCAACAUGAGGAAGAAGACCACUGAAAAUUUUCGUGAAUAUGCUAUUAGGUGGAGGGAGCAAGCUGCUAGGGUUAAGCCGCCAAUGAAAGAGUAUGAAAUGAUCGAUGUUUUCCUUCAAGCGCAAGAACCGGAUUACUUUCAUUAUUUACUUCCGUUGUUGGAAAAAACAUUUGCUGAAGUUAUUAAGAUUGGUGAAAUGGUGGAAAAUGGCAUCAAGUCUGGAAAAAUUGUAAGUCAAGUUGCCUUGAAAGCUACAACACAGGUGAUUAAAAAUGGACCAGAAAAUUUUGGGGGAAAGAAAAUGAAGGAAGAUGUAGCAAAUGUUGUGUCAGGCACACAAAAAGGUCCAAGGAGUCCACCUUAUCAAUCAACACCACCUCAAUACCAUCACUAUCUCCCUAUCCAAGAGACACAAUAUUCUGUUAUUCCACCUCAAUAUGCGGUUUACAAUGCACAACAAUAUGCAUACCCACCAAACUAUCCUCAAUGGCGAGCGCCAACAUAUCAAAAUGUUCACCCUUCUUCUCAAAAUUUUCGAGCACAUUAUAAUCUUUGUCCGAGACAGGGAUUUCAAGGAGGUCAAAGGCCUAGAAACAAUUUCACACCAAUUGGAGAAUCUUACACAAGUUUAUUUAACAAGUUGAAACAUUUGAAGAUAAUAGAGCCGAUUCCUCAAAAUCAUGUGGAUCCACAUACAAAUGGUUUCAAUCCUACAGCACGAUGUGCAUACCAUUCUGAUGCUCCAGGGCACAAUAUUGAAGAUUGUCGUAAUUUUAAAAAAAAGGUGGAAGAGAUGAUUGAAACAAAGAUGAUUGUGGUUCAAAAUGAUGACCCCCCAAAUGUUACUAAGAAUCCUCUACCGGUGCAUAGUGAUGUACACUUUAUCGAGAUGAUAUGUGAUGACAAAGAAUAUGACAAUUUUGAAGAAAAGAUAAUUGAAAUUGGUAGAGCUUUUACGAAGGCUAACGUGCAAAGCAGUGGCUAA